UUCGAAGUGCCAAUCAUUCCACAAGGAGUGAAACGGAAGGAAAAGGCCACUGGCCCGUACAAAUUUGACAGAUCUGGAGCAUUCGGUCCUUAUAUACGGCGGAAGACAUCGCAUUCUCCAAUCAAACGAAAAGCCCAGCCCAGCGAGUACGACCCGAUAAGCACGGUACUAUUUACGGUAUGCUCUGUGUUCGAAUAA